AUGUUUGGUUUUCAAGUAAGAACUCGCCAAAAUGUGGCAACUUCUCCGACUCCAAGCAAAAUCUCAAUUUCUCCAGGGGUAUCAACCACUACAAGAAAAGCAACAAAUUCUCCCAAAAGUUCACCUAAUGCAGCGGCUGUUGGUGAGAUCGAUACGCGUGCACCCUUCCAAUCUGUCAAGGCUGCUGUCAAUUUAUUUGGAGAAGCAUCACCUAAAUCAGGAAGAACCAUGUCUAGAAAAACCGGUGAGGAGAGGGUGUUGGAGAAGGAGGCACAACUACAUUGGACAUUGAAGGAGCUUGACAAGUAUAAAGAGCUUAUAAAAAGUGCAGAAAGUACAAAAGCUCAAGCGCGCCGCGACUUAGAAAAGGCGAAUAAGUCAUUGCAUGAGCUAACUAACAAGCUAGAGAUGAUAAGUGAAGAGAAGCAAUCAGCCAUGGAGAUAACAGAGGCUGCAAAGAUUCGAGUUCAAGAACUUGAACUGUCGAAAGCAAGCCAAAGCCAAGUAGUAAAUGAUGGAUGGAAAGAAGAUGUUGAUAAUGAAAGAAAUCGGUAUAAAACAUCCGCUAACGAACUUAUUUCAAUCAAGCAAGAACUCACUACCCUCAAACAAGAUUUCGAUGCUGCUUUAGAAGCUAAGUUGGCUGCUUUUCAACAGGCUGCAGAUGCACAACAUGCUGCAAAAGUUAACCAUCAGAAAAUGGUUGAACUCUCCAAAGAUGUUGAUAAUAUGCGUGAAACCCUUCACCAGGUUAAUCUUGCUUCUGAAAAGGCGCACGAAGAACAUGUUAAUCUUAUGAAUGAAAAAGAAGCACGAAUAGAAUCAAUAAAAAAAGCAAAGGAAGAUCUAGACAUGAAAAUUGAGUCAUUGAGAAAAGAACAUCAACUUUCAGAACUAAGAAGUUUAGGAGACAGGCUAGAAGAAACAACUGAAGCAAUUAAUGUUUUAGAAGAACAGUUACGCGAGGUCCGCGUUGCAGAUAUGGCAACAUUGGAUAAAGCUAAAUUAGAAGUAGAUGAAGCGAAACGUAGACUUGAUGAAGUUAAACAGGAAGAGUCUUUGGUUAGAGCGACGGUGGAAACAUUGAAACAGGAGCUUGAUAAAGUGAAAAGGGAUAUCACUUUGUUAAGGGGGGAUGACUUAAAAAGGGAGCAACAACAAGUUGAGUUAGACAAAAUUAAACAGCAAAUAGAAGAGGCUACAACAGAAUUAACCAAAGCAACAAAUAAUAUCAAUGAACUAGAAUUAAAGAUACAAAAAACAAUGUCAGAAGCCGAAAAGGCGAAAAAAGAAGAAGAAGAGUUGAAGAAGCAAGAAGAAACAUUGAAAAGACAAGCAGAAAAUUCCGAAACUUCAAACAAGGAAGCAGAAGAAAAGCUAGAGGUUGCGCUUAGAGAGCUCGAAAAGGCGAAAGUCGCAGAAGAGCUUGCGAACGAGCAAAUAAAAAGCAAGACUUCAAAGAAAGAUGCUGCCAAGGAUGAUAAUAAGAUCAGGCUGACAAAUCAAGAAUACGAAGCUUUGAACAAGAGAGUCGAGGAAGCAGCGAAAGCAGCUGAUGCGAAAGUGGCAACCGCGAUGUCUCAGGUGGAAACGAUUAAGAAAAAAGAGAGAUUGACACUAGAGAAACUGGAGAAGAGCAUGGCAGAAAGAAAGGAAAUUGAAGCUAAACUUAAUGAUGCUUUAAAAAUGGCUGAAAUGGCUGAAGCAGCAAAGGAGGCAAUUGAAAGUGAACUCAAGAAGUGGAAAUAUAGUGAACAGAAUAAUGGUACUGUUAGUGGUUCGGAUCGCCAAGAGUUGAAGUCCUACUCGGAGCCUACCGUUCAGAUAACUACUGUUGCUUAUGUCUCAGGUGCAGUUUGGCGGCUUAAAGUGGAGAAAAAUGCAGCUUUGGAAGGUUUGAAGAUGAACGGGUCGUGUGCGGAACAAAAGAAGAAACAAGGCACAUGUUUCAGGGGUCCACCGUAA